CUUUGUGGUCCAAAGUUGCAAUCAGUGUCACGUACUGACAGAUCUUACUGAAAUGUGAACAGUUGACAUUAGACCUGUUAACGUUUGUUCAGGAUAACCAGAAUAAUGGCAUCCACAGCUCUCCUUAUGAGUUUGUGUCUCUGUCUGCUGUCUGCAAUAAUAGUUGGAGAUGGAAACGGUCCAGCUGUGGUCAGAGUGAUCGUGGAAGAAGGCAGUGAUGUUAUUCUACCCUGUUCUCUCGGCUCCAAGGAGAACAUUGUAGAUAAACGAUUUGACUGGAUAAAAGAUGGUCAGAAGGAGGUGUUCUUGUAUGAUUCAGGAGAUCAUUACAAUAACGGCCUUUCAGGUCAAGAUGAGCAGUUCAAAGGUCGAGUCUCACAUUUUUCUGAUCAACUGAAGAACGGUAACGCCUCCAUAAAGAUCAGAAAUACGAAGAUAUCUGACAGUGGAAAAUACACCUGUCAUUUUCCUCGUCUUCAACCAAGUCAAAUCUUCUACAUUGAGCUUGUUGUUAAUCCUGCCCUUAAAGACCGAUCAGGAGAAAUCCCAGGAGCAGCUCCAAAGCCGUACAUCAGGACACUUAAUCCCACAGAGGACAGAGCUCUGCUGCAGUGUGUUGUUGAAGGUGCUUCUCCUAAACCUAAAGUAGAGUGGAAGGACAGUGCUGGAAACAUCCUUCCUGCUGAGGAGCCACAGGUUUCAGACAGAGGAGGACGUUACUACGUUACCCUCCUCACCACUGUGACCAAGACCGACCACUACCGCUGUGUAGUCACACAGGAGGAAAUCCACCAUCAGACUCAUUCUGAGAUCUACGUGUUCAUCAAUGAGAAACUGUGUGAGGAAUCAUCCAGCAAAGAGCUCAUUGGAUGGUUGGGUGGAUUGGUUUUAGGAGCUUCAAUUCUUGCUGCAGUUCAGUUUGUUCUUGUGGCUACAAAGUGCAUCAUAAUACGUCGUAUUAAAGGUUCUCCUCUGCUGGGACAAGAUCGAGUUCUUGGAUCCUGUCUUUCUAACGGUUACAGUACAGGCUACAGUUCUUCUAACGGUUCUUCAGAGCAAAAGAAGUUAGCUGUUUGAUCCUCUGGUGGCUGCUGUCAGAACAACAGAUCCCUGAAUCUACACUGCUCAAAAUAAUGAAGGGAACACUUAAAUCACACAUCAGAUCCGAUAAACGAAAUAUUCAAGUUCACAAUCUUUACUGUACUGAACAAAAUAAUGUAACAGCGUUCAAUAGAAACCAAAACCACCAACCGAUGAGGUCUGGAUUCAAAAUCACACCGAAAAUCAAAGUUUAAAUUAUGAAAUCACUGGCUGAUCCAAAUCUGGCAUAAAUUUCAUCACAGCAACUCAUAAUGGGACUCAGUAGUGUGUGUGGCCCCCACGUGCCUGUAUGCACUCCUGACAACAUCUGGGCAUGCUCCUGGAGGGGGGGUCUCCUCACAGACCUGGAUCAGGGCAGGUACCGCCUCAUGCUACCAGUAGUGACAGGGACACUCACAAAAUGCAAAACUAGAGAAGAAUCAGUCAGGAAGGAUAAGGAGAGAGCUAUUGUCUGUGGUCACCUGUAAGACUCAUUCCUUUCUGGGGUUGUCUUGCUGUUGCCUCUUUCGUUGUCACUUUUAUUUGCACCAAAACAGGUCAAAUGGAUUCACAAUCACUUAUCCUUCCUAACUUGAUAGAUUGAUAUCCCUGAAGUUGUUAUACUGUGAAGUGUUCCCUUAAUUCUUAUGAGCAGUGUAUAAUGUGUGUGUAAUGUAACUUGUAGCUUAACUAUGUUGUGUCUUAAAGCUUUAAUGCUACAACUCAUAGGAAGGUUGAGAAAAGAGGAUUGUAAAUCGUCCAGAUGAGAAGAGAUGGAAACAAAUGAAUUUCUCAGGUGUCAAUGAGAUUCCUCACUGAAGGAAUCAGUUAAAGAGUUAAACUCUGGUUUCAGUUCAUAAUAUUAGGUAAAUAUUUUAUUGUCAUGAGUCGUCCAGCUCAACUGCAGCUCGUAAAUAUUU